AUGCGGUUAAACGACUGUUACAUCACGAUCGCACUGGGCAAGGACAAAUUCAUCACGUCUGUCCAGGAGAAAACUUUGGAGCCGCUGUGGCAUGAAGAAUGUGAAUUGGCCAUUCCGAAACGUGGCAACGUCGCUGUGCUGGUUUUCACGGCACAUCACCGGAAUAAGCUGGGAAUGGACGACUUUUUGGGCGAGGUCGCCAUCCCGCUCAACCAGCUUGACUUCCACGCCCCAGCAAGGAACAGGUGGUACAGACUCAUGGGCCGCGGAGGGAAAGAAGAUGGGAAACCCCGCGGGGAACUGGAAGUGAAAAUAGGGUUCACUUACCAUGAACGCAGUGCGGAUGACGAACAGUUCCUGGGUGUGCCGGGUUCCGAGGGCCGUGGCAGUUUCGGCAGCCUCGCCGACGACAACAGCAGCACCUCGGGCAAAAAGAAGAGCCCGUCUUUGCUCAACGUGUCUUCUCACCUGGCCCAUCAGUUUGGUGGGAGUCUCAUGAACUUGGGGAAAAAGGUGAAGCGGAAAACGUCGAGCAGGAACAAGAAGAACAAGCGCAAGGACUCGGAUGCCGUGAGCGAAAGCGCCUUUUCCAGCAACGCGGACCCGGGAGUCAACAGUGACUCCGAAGAAGACGAGGCCUUCAAGGACGAAAUUGCUUCGACAGUUUCUGCUGCGAGUUCCGGAGCCGGUGGCUACGACGCAGGAAUCCAUUCCCAUUCCGGAAACACGAGCAGCAGCAACAACAGCACCACUGGAAACAACAACACGAACAACAACAAUAACAUCAACAAUAACAGCAACCCCGUGGGCAACGUUAAAUCCGGGCCCUUACACGAAGACAUGGCGAGUGACGCGUUUUAUCGACGACUGGAGUACAACGAUUUCUACGAACAGCCUCGACGAUCCGUUGAACCUUCCCCGCCAACUACAACACGGGAUUUCACGGAUCCAACAGUGGCGUCCUCUCUGCGCGACGCAGCGAACUUUUGUCGUCGACUGGCGUCAGUGCUGCAACAGGCGGCGUGA